CCUUGUGAGGAUAAGCGGCUUGGAAAAUGGCACAGACGCAACCGAACCAAGAAAAAAAACAAGCUAGCUGACGAGACUACCAGGCGCACUUGGACAAGACGCGAGUGGGCCGGGGCAGGGAGCCGAUUGGUCGACACGAGGACGGGUCCGAACGAAGACCCAACGGGCCGGGCCGGACGCGGGAAAACAAAAAACACCGACAAAUACAAACCAGAUAAAGAACAAAAACAAAGGAUGAGGCAGUGUAAAGGCUGGAGGUACGGACUGCAGUUCCUGGUCCUGCUGGGUUUUCUGCGGACUGCGGCGCAGAAGCUGCCCACGCGAGAUGAGGGACUUUUCCAGAUGCAGAUCCGAGACAAGUCCAUCUUCCACGACUCGUCGGUCCUUCCCGACGGCGCCGAGAUCAGCGGCUACAUCUUCAGGGACACGCAUAAAAGGUACUACUUUGUGGUGGAAGAGGACAACACGCCGCUGUCGGUGACGGUGACGCCGUGCGACGCGCCGCUGGAAUGGACGCUGACGCUGCAGGAGCUGCCCGAGGAGGCCAGCGGCGAGGCGUCAGGCCAGCCCGAGCCGCUGGACCAGCAGAAGCAGCAGGUGACGGCGGACGAGGGAACGGAGCUGUUCGCCUACAAGGGCAACGACGUGGAGUCCUACGUGGCCACCAGCGCGCCCUCCGGGCUUUACCAGCUGGAGCUGCUGUCCACCGAGAAAGACAGCAACUUCAAGGUGUACGCCUCGACCACGCCCGAGUCCGACCAGCCCUACCCGGAGCUGCCCUACGACUCUCGCGUGGACGUCACCUCGCUGGGUCGCACCACCGUCACUCUGGCCUGGAAGCCCACGCCGACGGGUUUCCUGAUGGGCCAGCCGGUGCAGUACUGCGUGGUCAUCAACAAAGAGCACAACUUCAAAAGCAUGUGCGCCGCCGAGGCCAAGAUGGGCGCCGACGACGCCUUCAUGUUCGCGCCCAAGCCGGGCAGGGACUUCAGCCCGUUCGACUUCACCCACUUCGGCUUCGUCCCUCCCGGCAAAGACCGAGGCCCGACGAGCAACAGGAUCUCGCGGGCGUACCCGGCCAAGGCCAAAACGUCGGACAUUCACAAGUUGUGCAUCGGAAACAAAAACAUCUUCACCGUCUCCGACCUGAAGCCCGACACCCAGUACUACUUUGACGUCUUUGCCGUCAACUCUGCCACCAACACCAGCACCGCCUACGUGGGCACCUUCGCCCGCACUAAGGAGGAAGCCCGGCAGAAGACGGCGGAGCUGAAGGACGGCAAAGUCUCGGACGUGUUCGUCAAGCGAAAAGGCAGCAAAUUCCUCCGCUUCGCGCCCGUGUCGUCGCAUCAGCGGGUGACGCUCUUCGUGCACGCCUGUCUGGACGCGGUGCAGGUCCAGGUGAGGCGCGACGGCAAGCUGCUGCUGUCGCAGAACGUGGAGGGCGUGCGGCAGUUCCAGCUGCGCGGGAAGCCCAAGGCCAAGUACCUGAUGCGCCUGCGGGGCAGUCGCAAGGGCGCCUCCACUCUAAAGGUCUUGGCCACCACCCGAGCGGGCGGCAAGCAGCCCUUCCCGUCCCUGCCCGAGGACACCCGCAUCAAGGCCUUCGACAAGCUGCGCACCUGCUCCUCCGUCACCGUGGCCUGGCUGGGGACGCAGGAGCGCAACAAAUACUGCGUCUACCGCAAGGAGGUGGCCGACGACUACGGCGAGGAGCAGAGGCGGCGCGAGCAGAACCGCUGCGCCGGGCCCGAGACGCGCCGCAAGUCGGAGAAGGUUCUGUGCAAGUACUUCCACAGCCCCAACCUGCAGAAGGCGGUGACCACCGAGACGGUCUCGGGUCUGGAGCCCGGAAAGAGCUACCUGCUGGACGUCUACGUGGUGGCGCACAGCGGACACUCGGUCAAGUACCAGAGCAAACUGGUGAAAACGAGGAAGUACUGCUAA